CCAUAGUUGCAAACGGAUUUGUCUUUGCGUCAGGUCAAAUUCCUGUCAAUCCUGAGACAAACAAUGUCGUCAGCAACCAUGUUCAAGAACAAGUGCGUCAGAGCCUUCGUAACCUUUCAAAUGUAUUGGAAGCAGCAAAUUCCUCGCUUUCGCGAGUAGUCAAGACUACCGUCUAUAUAAAAGAUAUGAAUGAUUUUUCUGCCAUCAACGAAACCUAUGCUGAAAUUUUUGGUGACUCCCGACCUGCCCGAGCGUGCGUUGAGGUAGCCAGGUUGCCUAAAGAUGUUAAAGUUGAAAUUGACGCAAUUGCAUUAGUGAAUGAAUGA